AUCCAGUAGAUGUCAGUGACAGUGUAGUGUUACAACAAAUCUGUUCACAAACGCCACUGUCAUCAUUUCGGAUUAUAAAUAUCUUGAAUUUUACCGGUGUUUUAUUUUUAUUUCUUAACCGUGUUGGAGACGUUGUUAUCUGUCAAAAGUCCAUCGACUGAGAACGGCCAGUGAUUCAGAAGCACAAUCAAAUGCACCUGAGCUCAGGUGUGCUGAGGUGACAUUCAAUCGCGCGCUCAGACGAGACGAUCCUCUUCACUGUAACUACUCAUUUACCUGCUGAAAUAACCGUGUUUGACGGGGAACACUCUCCUCUCCAUAAAGACCCCACAUUACCUGAUAUAUGUAUGGAGAGAUUGUGAGAUAAAACAAGCUUCCUUGAGGAGUUUCGUGUCUUGCACUCUUUGGCUGCAGUGGUUUCUUUCGGAUCUGUCAGAGAUCAUGGAUUGGGGUUCAGAUCUUUGGGACCAGCAUGAUGUGAUUGAGAGACACACUCAGAGCGGGCUGGAUCUGCUGGAGCGAUACGUGAAGUUUGUCAAAGAGAGAGCCGAGAUCGAGCAGAAUUACGCCAAACAGCUCAGGAACCUCUGUAAGAAAUAUUCCAGACGAGGCAUCAAAGAAGACCAGGACACAAAGGUGACCAAUCAGCAGGCGUUUCAGGACGUGCUGAAUCAGCUGAACGAUUCCGCGGCUCAGAGAGAGCAUCUGUCCGAGAGCAUGACGCUGAGCAUCUGCGUGGACCUCAGCAGAAACCUGCAGGAGCUGCGACAGGAGCGCAAGAACGUGAAAUGUUUAACUGAUUUGUGUGCAUCUGUAUUGGUUUAUAUCCAGAGUAAGAAGCGUUUUGAGAAGGAGUGGAGAGAAGCAGAGAAGGCCAAUCAGCAGACAGAAAGAGUCCAGCAGGACACAAACGCCACCAAAGCAGAUGUGGAAAAGGCCAAACAGCACGCUCACCUCCGCGUGCACUUAGCAGACGAGUGUAAGAACGAGUACGCUUCACAGCUGCAGAAAUACAAUAAGGAGCAGAACAACUUCUACCACUCAGAGAUCCCGUCUGUGUAUAAGAAGCUGCAGGAAAUGGAGGAGCGGCGCAUCAGAUUGUUAGCCGACGGCUACGUGCAGUUCUCUGAAACAGAGAAGAACGUCCUGCCCAACAUCAACAAGUGUUUGGACGCCAUCAGCUCAACUGGGAGGAACAUCAAUGAGAAACAGGACACUAUGGCUCUCGUAGAGCAGUAUAAAUCAGGUGCAGUGCCUCCUGCUGAAGUGGAGUUUGAGGAUUACAGUCAGACAGUCAGAGCUGCCACAUCUGACAACACAGCAACACACCUGCCCAAAGUGCGCAUCAAACAGCUCUUCCUCAAGAAAAACAAGGUGACGUCUCCUGAUAAGAACUUGCCAUCAUCGCUGGAGGAUCUCUCUCGUCUGCCUCUGGAUCAGAGGAGGAGGCGUCUGCAGGAGAAGAUCGAUGACAUCCAGAAGGAGCUUCAGAGAGAGACGGAGCAGAGCGAGGCUCUGAUGAGGAUGAAGGGUGUUUAUGAGCAGAACUCUCAGCUUGGAGAUCCAUCCAGCCUUCAGCCUCAGAUCACACAGACUGCCCAUAACAUCGCCAGACUGAGAGGAGAGCUCAACAAAUACCAGGUUCAGCUGACUGAAGCCGGCGGUGGGACGCUGCAACACACUCCCGCCAGUUCAGAGUACAUCUCUGUGCUGAGCGAGUCCAGCGUGUCUCCGUCAGAGAACAUCUACGAAUGUGAAUUUGAUGAGGACUUUGACCUCGAUGUUCCCAUCGGUCAGUGCACAGCGCUCUAUGACUUCGACGGCAGCAGCGAGGGCGCCGUGUCCAUGCAUGUGGGCGAGCAGCUGAGUCUGAUGCAGGAGGAUCAGGGCGACGGCUGGGUCCGAGUUCAGAGAGCCAAUGGAGACGUGGGAUAUGUGCCGGCGUCCUACAUCCAGAUCAUCUAGAAACAGCUGAUCGCGUGUUUUACGGGAGUGUGAGCUGUGCUCAUGUGACUCCAUCAACUCUUGUGCUUUUAUGUCAUGGGGAGUGUUUUUACUUUUUGAUUUCUUUCUUUUCUCUCAUGCAUUAUGCUGCUUCUGGUGAUUUCCUGAACAUUUGUAGUU